CGGGGCACGGAUUCGGCUGCUGCCCAGUGGGGCUUUCCGCGGUUCGCGCGUCGGUGUGGUUCCCCCGCUGCCCACCUCUGUCGACGAUGAGGAAAAGUCUGCGGGCGACAGCGGCCCGCUGCGGACUGGGACUGGGAUACGUGCUGCCAAUGCUGGUGCUACCUGCCCUGGCCCUGCUCAGCGCCAGCGGCACGGGCUCGGCCGCUCAAGACGACGACUUUUUUCAUGAACUGCCAGAAACUUUUCCAUCUGACCCCCCGGAACCUUUGCCACACUUCCUGAUCGAGCCGGAAGAAGCUUAUAUUGUGAAGAACAAGCCUGUGAACCUGUAUUGUAAAGCCAGCCCCGCCACCCAGAUCUACUUCAAGUGCAAUAGUGAGUGGGUUCAUCAGAAGGACCACAUAGUAGAUGAGAGAGUAGAUGAAACCUCUGGUCUCAUUGUCCGGGAAGUGAGCAUUGAGAUUUCACGCCAACAAGUGGAAGAACUCUUUGGGCCUGAUGAUUAUUGGUGCCAGUGUGUGGCCUGGAGCUCAGCGGGCACCACCAAGAGCCGGAAGGCCUACGUGCGCAUCGCAUAUCUACGCAAGACGUUUGAGCAGGAGCCCCUGGGGAAGGAAGUAUCCUUGGAACAGGAAGUUUUGCUCCAGUGUCGACCACCUGAAGGGAUCCCAGUGGCAGAGGUGGAAUGGUUGAAAAAUGAAGACAUAAUUGACCCAGUUGAAGAUCGGAAUUUUUAUAUUACUAUUGAUCACAAUCUCAUCAUCAAGCAGGCCCGCCUCUCAGAUACCGCAAACUAUACAUGUGUUGCCAAAAACAUUGUUGCCAAGAGGAAAAGCACAACGGCCACUGUCAUCGUCUAUGUAAACGGUGGCUGGUCCACCUGGACAGAGUGGUCUGUGUGUAAUAGCCGCUGUGGACGGGGGUAUCAGAAACGCACGAGGACCUGCACCAACCCAGCACCCCUCAACGGUGGCGCCUUCUGCGACGGGCAGAGCGUGCAGAAAAUAGCCUGUACCACGUUGUGCCCAGUGGAUGGCAGGUGGACCUCCUGGAGCAAGUGGUCUACCUGUGGGACGGAGUGCACACACUGGCGCAGGAGGGAGUGCACGGCGCCAGCCCCCAAGAACGGCGGCAAGGACUGCGAUGGUCUGGUCUUGCAAUCCAAGAACUGCACUGAUGGGCUUUGCAUGCAGACUGCUCCUGAUUCAGAUGACAUUGCUCUGUAUGUUGGCAUCGUGAUAGCAGUGAUUGUUUGCCUGGCCAUUUCUGUGGUUGUGGCCCUCUUUGUGUAUCGGAAGAAUCACCGUGACUUUGAGUCUGAUAUUAUUGACUCUUCGGCACUCAAUGGAGGCUUUCAGCCUGUGAAUAUCAAGGCAGCAAGACAAGAUCUCCUGGCAGUACCCCCAGACCUCACAUCAGCUGCAGCCAUGUACAGGGGACCUGUCUAUGCCUUACACGAUGUCUCGGACAAAAUCCCCAUGACCAACUCUCCAAUUCUGGACCCACUGCCUAACCUGAAAAUCAAAGUGUACAACACCUCAGGUGCUGUCACCCCCCAGGAUGACCUCUCUGAGUUUGCAUCAAAGCUGUCCCCUCAGAUGACCCAGUCCUUGUUGGAGAAUGAGGCCCUGAACCUGAAGAGUCAGAGCCUGGCAAAGCAGACUGAUCCGUCCUGCACUGCGUUUGGCACCUUCAACUCCCUCGGGGGCCACCUUAUUGUUCCCAACUCAGGAGUAAGCUUACUGAUUCCCGCUGGGGCCAUUCCCCAAGGGAGAGUCUACGAAAUGUAUGUGACUGUACACAGGAAGGAAACUAUGAGGCCACCCAUGGAAGACACUCAGACACUCCUGACCCCUGUGGUGAGCUGUGGGCCUCCAGGAGCCCUGCUGACCCGCCCAGUCAUCCUCACUAUGCAUCACUGCGCAGACCCCAACACCGAGGACUGGAAGAUACAGCUCAAGAACCAGGCAGCACAGGGACAGUGGGAGGAUGUGGUGGUGGUGGGAGAGGAAAACUUCACCACCCCCUGCUACAUUCAGCUGGAUGCAGAAGCCUGCCACCUCCUCACAGAGAACCUCAGCACCUACACCCUGGUCGGCCAGUCCAUCACCAAAGGGGCCGCCAAGCGCCUGAAGCUGGCCAUCUUCGGGCCACUCUGCUGCUCCUCUCUAGAGUACAGCGUCCGAGUCUACUGUCUGGAUGACACCCAAGAUGCCCUGAAGGAAGUUUUGCAGCUUGAGAGACAGAUGGGAGGACAGCUCCUAGAAGAACCGAAGGCUCUUCAUUUCAAAGGCAGCACCCACAACCUGCGCCUGUCCAUUCACGACGUCGCCCAUUCCCUCUGGAAGAGCAAGUUGCUGGCUAAGUAUCAGGAAAUUCCUUUUUACCACAUCUGGAGUGGGUCUCAAAGAAACCUCCACUGCACAUUCACUCUGGAAAGAUUCAGCCUGAACACGGUGGAGCUGGUUUGCAAACUGUGUGUGCGACAGGUGGAAGGAGAAGGGCAGAUCUUCCAGCUCAACUGCACCGUCUCAGAGGAACCUACUGGCAUGGACUUGCCUCUGCUGGAUCCGGCGAGCACCAUCACCACCAUGACAGGCCCCAGUGCUUUCAGCAUCCCUCCCCCGAUCCGGCAGAAGCUCUGCAGCAGCCUGGAUGCCCCCCAGACAAGAGGUCAUGACUGGAGGAUGCUGGCGCAUAAGCUAAGACUGGACAGGUACUUGAAUUACUUUGCCACCAAGUCAAGCCCAACUGGAGUAAUCCUGGAUCUUUGGGAAGCACAGAACUUCCCGGAUGGAAACCUGAGCAUGCUGGCAGCUGUCCUGGAAGAAAUGGGAAGACAUGAAACCGUCGUGUCUUUAGCAGCAGAAGGACAGUAUUGA